CGAUCUCAGCGUUCCGUGGCCCUGUCGGCGGCCGGCGGUCCGGCGGCGCGGUCGGAGGAGCCGAUAUAACGGCCACUGGCCGGCAGACGGCACCAGUCGCCUGCCCGCAGUGCAGCGCGAGACACCAGUCGCGUACCCGCAGUGCAGCGCGAGGCACCAGUCGAGUGCCCGCAGUGGAGAGAGAGGCACCAGUCGCGUGCGCGCAGUGCAGCGCGAUGCGUCUCCUCAUUCUGACGUGUCUGGUGGCGGCGGCCGGCCGGGCCUCGGGCCAGGUCUGCGUCUCGCCCAUCGAGUGUAAGAGCCUGGACAACCUGCAGGAGCUACUGGCCAGCACCGGCGGCGCCGGCUUCCCGCCGUGCGACCUGUCCGACGGCUCCCAGGGCGUGCUGUGCUCCACGCCGGCCGAGGGCGACAUCGCAAACAGGUUCGGCGGCGCCGCGGCCGCCCCGGCCGCCCCCGGCGGCGACUCCAUCUUCUUCCCCGGCCAGGGCCAGGGCGGCGCCAAGGUGAACGUGCUGGACGUGCAGCCGCUGACCAGCCGCUUCAAACAGCAGCAGGAGCUGCUCAUCUCGGCCGCCCAGGAGGAGGCCAACCUGAUCGUGACGGAGACGGAGCAGCAGCUGGCAGAGGUGGAACGCGAGGUCGCCCAGCUGUCGCAAGCGCAGGCCAACACGCCCGAGGGCCUGCAGCUGCUGUUCGCUAAGCCGCAGUCCAAGGAGGUCGGCGUCACCGCGCGCAGCUCCAUCAAGGCCGUCCAGGUGCUCAAGAGUCUGCAGGAGAAGAAGAAGGUGGGCACCAAGGAGCUGCAGUUCGAGCAGCCGCUGUUCGGCGCCGACAUCGCCAACCGCGGCAACUUCCAGCGCUUCCCGGCCGGCCUGGACCGCAUCCCCGGCUGCACGCUGCCCGAGCAACCCGCCUGCCAGCCGCGCGAAAAGUUCCGCCGCAUGAACGGCGAGUGCAACAGCGACGCCGAGCCGCGGCUGGGGCGCGCGCAGACCGCCUUCUCGCGCUUCUUCCCGGCCGAGUACGAGGACGGCAUCUGGCAGCCGCGCUCCAAGGCGCUCAGCGGCGACCCGCUGCCCUCGGCGCGGCUGGUCAGCGAGCGCGUGGUGCGCACCACGCCCGUCAUGGACCCCUGGAGCUCGCUCUCCGUCAUGCAGCUCGGCCAGAUCCUCAACCACGACAUCAUCUCGACGGCAGCCUUCACGCUGGAGAACGGCGGCGGCCUUUUCUGCUGCAACCGCGACAACACGAUGCCGGCCGAGCCGCUGCACCCGCUCGGCUGCAACCCGAUCCCGGUGCCGGCCGACGACCCGUGGUACGCCCAGUUCGGCCGCACCUGCAUGAACCAGGUGCGCUCGCUGCCGGCGCCCUUCGAGAACUGCAUCGCCGGCCCGACUGGCCAGCUGAACCAGGUCACCCACUUCCUGGACCUGUCCACCGUCUACGGCAGCAGUGACACAGACAUGCGCCGGCUGCGCCUCAACGCCGGCGGCCUCUUCAAGAUGAGCGACGGCAACCUGCUGCCGCAGUCGGGAGGCCGCUUCAUCUCGGGCGAGGGCCGGCUGAGCGAAAACCCCGGCCUGGCGUUCAUGCACACCGUCUGGACGCGCGAGCACAACCGGGUGGCCAACACGCUGAGCCGCCUGCACCGGCACUGGAGCGACGAGCAGCUCUUCCAGGAGGCGCGCCGCAUCGUCAUCGGCGAGUAUCAGCACAUCAUCUACAACGAGUACCUGCCCGUCAUCCUGGGCUUCAAGUACACCCGCGAGCACGGCCUGGACCCCGAGUUCGGCCACUCGUUCAGCUACACCAAUGUCAUCGACCCGCGCGUGACGGCAGAGUUCUCCACGGCCGCCUUCCGCUUCGGACACGCCCAGAUCCCGGACGUCUUCCAACUGAUGACCCAGAACGGCAUGAACCUCACCGCCAUCGCCAUGGAGGACUCCUUCUUCCGCGAGGACAUGCUGAAGCUGCCCAACUUCAUGACCAACCUGGCCACCACGUUGACACGCCAGAAGCAGCGCAUGGUGGACAACACCUUCUCGCCGGCCGUGCACGAGAAGCUGUUCGCCUCGGGACAGCCGUCCGGCCUGGACCUGAUCGCGCUCAACAUCAACCGCGGCCGCGACCACGGCCUGCCCGGCUACGCCACCGUGCUCGAGAACUGCCUGGAGCGCACGCUCUCCGGCGGCUGGGACGAGAUGAGCGAGUUCUUCGAGCCGGACGUGCUGCGCCAGCUGCGGGCCGUCUACCAGAGCGUGUUCGACAUCGACCUCUACAUCGGCGGCGUCUCAGAGAAAAAGGUGCCCGGCGCGCUCGUCGGCCCCGCCUUCCAGUGCAUCAUUGGAGAGCAGUUCUUCGCCACGCGCUACGGAGACAGGUACUUCUACGACAACGGGGACAUGCCGCACAGCCUGACGUUCACCCAGGUGCGGGAGAUCCAAAAGGCCAGCUGGGCCAGGAUCCUCUGCGACAACGUCGAGGACGUCAACGUCAUGCAGCCGCUGGCCUUCUUCGCACCCAACCCGCUCUUCAACGCCGUGCGCCACUGCCGCUCAUUCGCCAUCCCCACCGUCGACCUGCGGGCGUUCUAAGCACGCUGACCUGUGCGCCUUCUAAGUGCUCUUCUAGGUGUGCCGACCGGCGGGUAUUCUAAGUGUUCUGACCUGCGCGUCUUCUGGGUGCGCCGACCGGCGGGUGUUCUUGAGCAGCCUGAGCGCUUCAAUGGCAGAGGUGCAAUGUCUUAUGAGCGACGGUUGACGUGUAGCACCUGACUGGUCAACACGUGGGUGUUAGUGAGCUCGAGGGAGGGCCUUCUAGUUGGUGGCGCCUGAGGUGACAUGUGACAAGAGAGGAGGACAAGGACCUGCAGGGGCCGAGGUAUGCGGAGGAGAGGGCAUUGGCAAUGAGGCGCCAGGCAGGGGGCGGGUGCGAUUUCGCCGAGGAUUGGGCCAGUUCUGGAUUCGGUGAGAUCGUGACGAUGCGGAUGGCGGAUGACGGCGUCCCGCGGCCUUCUGUCACCCCAGGCGAGUUAUCGAGCACGGGCAACGACCAGGCGUUGUAAAACCACCGCACAAAGAGCGAUAGAAGGCCUUCAGGUUCAGCGUGGUACUGUGGGGUCCUUGUGAGUUGCCACGCCAGUUGUGAUUAGGAUGAUAUUGUGAAUACAUGCUUUUUAUGACGAG